GGGGAGGCAUAUCGUUUGAUCGGACGGACAAAGCGGCUAUCUAUGUUCGGAUGCUCGGGGAUGUCCGUGUUAAAUCCAAGCAGCUGGUGUCGCGUGCUGAUGGCAGGAGAAGUUCCCUUCCCGACAAUGAAUACAAAAUAAUUGAAGCAAUUGACAACAAUAUAAGACGGACCAGUUUGCAGCAUUCCAGAGGAUUGAGCUUGCCAAGGGUAUCGUACCUUCAACCAACCAACACCAGGUCACGUCGAUCGAUCGUACCAGAAUCCUCGUCACAUCUGGAUACCUGGUACUGCGGACAGGCAAACCAACUUCUGAACAGACUAUCUAGUUGGGAUUUCAACAUUUUCCACUUAGAGCAAGUCACAGGAGGUCAUUCUUUGAGGUUUUUGGGCAUGCAGCUCUUUCAGAAGUACGAUUUGAUCAACACGUUCCAGUUAGACCCUACAAAUUUGUACAAAUGUUUAGUUGCAAUUGAAACUGGUUACCACAAUGGGAAUCCCUACCAUAAUGCAUUACAUGCUGCAGACGUCACACAAGCUAUGUUUUGUUAUCUUCAAGAAAAGAAGCUUCGUGAGGCUCUGACACCUAUUGAGGUCAUGUCGGCCAUCUUGGCCUCUGCGACCCAUGACCUCGAUCACCCAGGAGUCAACCAGGUGUUUCUAAUAGCAACCAGUAAUCAUUUAGCAGGGUUGUAUGGGAAUUCCUCGGUGCUUGAGAACCACCAUUGGCGUGCGGCGAUAUCAGUGCUCAGGGAGUCCAAGCUGAUGGAUCAUCUGGACAAGAAAUUAUGGGACUUCAUCGUUGGACAGAUCAGUUCACUCAUUCUAGCUACAGACAUUGCCAGACAACAGGAAUUCUUGCAGAAUUUCAAGAAUCACCUGAGUGCCAGUGACUUUGAUAUGAACGACGCAUCACACAAGAACUUCAUCCUACAGAUCGCGUUAAAGUGUGCCGACAUCUGCAAUCCGUGUAGACCAUGGAAUAUCAGUAGAAGGUGGAGCGAAAUGGUGACCGAGGAAUUUUACAAUCAGGGUGAUCGCGAACGGGGACUGAAACUACCUCUGACAAUGAACUGUGAUCGUUACAAGAACACCAUUCAACAAAUACAAGCAGGCUUCAUGCAGUUUGUAGUGGAACCACUCUUCACGGAGUGGCAACGUUUCAUGCCCACCCAACUCUCGGAAGGCAUGCUCCGCAACGUCGUCAAGAACAAGGCGUCGUGGAAAGCCUUCGGGGAGCAGGAGAAGGCGGCCGCCGAGAACGACCGCAAACUGACCAAUCAGAAAGUGGGGAACAAGCUGCGGAAAGUGGAGGGCCAAACAGGAGUGGUGGUCGCGAAAGAGACCGCGCCGGCCAAAUCGGACGCGGCCGCGAAAGACGCGCAGUUGAACAACAAUAACAAUGCCACUACGGCUGGGUUAACCACGGCCACCAAUGUGCUCAGCUCAACUGGCGCCGUGGUCAGAGACUUACAGUUAUCAAGUGCAAUGGAUGUGGACACCAGACAUAAAACGUCGUCGUGUGCCACUAGUAGUAUUGCAGAGGAGCCGACUUUGGCAAGCCUAACUCAGGGAAAUAGGGACAGUCAAGCUAUCGGCGGGGCGCAGAAUAGAUCAAGUAGGGGGGUCGUAUCAAGAGUGAAUCCCCCAGAAUCCGAGACGCCCUCAAGGAGUGUGAUAUCAUCAGAUUACCGGAGGCAGAGACCGCUGUCGGUUGGAAACCUAGAAGAAGUUUCACUUUCGCGAGAUGUUAAACACGGACUCGGUGCCUCCUCCAGAAUGCAUAGUAACCCCGCCUCUCCAAUGGUUCCCAGAACGCAAACUGUCAGACAGUUUAGUUUACGUUUAUACCGGUCGCCCCAGCAGACCGUUAAGAAACCCACUAACUACGAAGAUCCAUGGUUGUUGAGGAGUAUCGACACCAAUAGAACUAGUCCCUCUUCAUCAAUGAACAGUCGCCCCCGCCAGGAAAUAGAAGCAUCCGAGUCGAGUGCAAUGCCUAUGGAGUUGGGUAGUCCCAGGACUCAACCAUUUAGCUCCGAUAGGGGAAGGACGUUGAAGGACAGAUCAAACCCAAAGGGAUACGAGCUCACCACAGGUAUUAAUAACAAUCUGAGUGUACAUAUCCCUGGUUCCCCGCGGUUGGAAACCACCACCCUGCGAGGGCAUAGUCUUUAUUCGGUUCCGUCACCGACACCGUCGCCAUCGCCAAGUAAUCGUUUGGGCGCUCACAGCCGACUAGCGACAUCCUCCACAAGUUCCAAGUUCAGUCAUUCCACGCAUCAGUUACAAGUCACCCAUGACUACGGCUCUGCCACGGAUCGUGGGCACGGAGUGAGCCCUCGUGUGUCGCGACGAGAGGAGGUGCCCCAUCGCGAACCGGGAAGGGGUCCGUUGGCGGGCAGGAGUUUAGCCGAGAUGGGGUCGCCAUGGAUACGAAAAAGAAUGGAAGAGAGAGAUCAACGUCGACAGAUUAGCAAGAGUUCGAGUGUACCCCCGAGUCUAUCGCCACGGCCCCCGCCCCGUAUGACAGGCCAUGCCACCAGUAGCUGGUACUCGGUACCACCGGCGCUGGGCCCAGUCAUACAGGAUUUCACGUCCUCGCAGCUAGCCUCCAUAGCACAGCACAAGAAGCAAUCGAAGGAGAUACAGUCCAAAACUGUGGUGAAGCCGACGACGAAAGGAGACACAUUUUUAGGAUGAUGCCAUCUUGCUGUUGGUAUUCUCGCUAGGAGGAGUUUUGCUUCAUGCACGAGGGCGCUGUUCAGUAUUUGCGCAGAAGUCCUAGAACACUGCCCUGUGGUGCAAAUGACUUAAAAGUCACUGAAUCUCGAAGAUUUGACUUCAAAGUUAGUCAUUGGGGACCAGACUUCACUGGUUAUCAGUAGCCACUUGUAAUGCCAAACUGUGUCCAAAAAGCAGGGUACCGUUGAACAGGAGGCAUUCCUUGACAAAUAGUCGUCAAGGUGGCGACUUAUUCUGUAAUUGCCGCGGAAACCUUCAAUCAACGAAGAAAAGAAAAAUAGGAGACAAAAAA